CUCCAACUAUUAAAAAACAGAAAUCAGCCACCGGACGGCAACUUCGCCUUUUUCCGUUCACUCUCUACAGUCUUCCGAACUAAUUUUUUACCCAAUUUUUUUUUUCACUUUUGUUCUUCGAAUCUACUGUAGAAAUAAUUGGAAAAAAAGAUAUUCUUUUUGGAUAAAAAAUAAUUGAAAUUUGCGAUAAAGAAGAGUUCUUGUUUUGAUCUUCCAUUGAAGGGUUCAUCGAUUUCUGGGAGCUUUUUGAAUCAAAGGUUUUUUUUUUUCAGAAAAUGGAGAAAGUAAUGAAUAUAUUGAAGCCGAAACCGAACCCUCAACAGCUUUUGAGGGAUUGGCAACGUCGGCUCCGGCAAGAGUGUCGGAAUAUUGAACGUCAAAUUCGAGAUAUACAAAGAGAGGAGAAGAACGUACAGAAAACAAUUAAAGAAGCAGCAAAGAGAAAUGAUAUGGGUUCUGCCAAGGCACUUGCUAAAGAGAUUGUGAGAUCUAAAAGAACUGUGAACCGAUUAUACGAGAAUAAGGCGCAGUUGAAUUCAAUAUCCAUGCACCUUGGGGAAAGUGUCGCCAUUGCUCGCACAGUGGGACAUCUGUCUAAGAGUGCUGAAGUCAUGAAACUCGUUAAUAAUCUUAUGAAGGCUCCAGAAGUGGCUUUGACAAUGCAGGAAUUUAGUAAAGAAAUGACCAAGGCUGGUGUCAUGGAAGAAAUGGUCAAUGAUGCGGUGGACAGUGCCCUGGACUCAGAAGACAUGGAGGAGGAGAUUGAAGAAGAAGUUGACAAGGUCUUGACUGCAAUUGCUGGUGAGACUACUGCACAACUUCCUGAUGCAGUACGAAAGGAGAAGUUAAAGCAACCUGCACAGGCAGUGGAGGAUGCAGAGGAAGACGAGGAAGAUUUAGAAGAACUAAGGGCACGUCUUGCUAAAGUUAGAUCCUAACUGAUUUUUAAAUCGACUUGCACUGCGUUUAAAGCUUCAACGUAAAAUAUGCUUGCGUGUGAAGCGCAAACCUCUUCUACGGUCUGCUGAGCUGCAUCUUCUAUCUGGAAAGAAAGGAUAGUAGAGUACUUCUGUAUCUUAGAAUCAAUGCUUGUGAUUUCUUGUAUUGAUUAUCAAUGUGAAUCCUAAUCUUUUUCUCUACGCCAUGCCUUUUACUGUAUGGAACAUGAAAAUCUAUGCUAACAACAUUUCCUGCUAUUUAGUAGAA